AUGGAGAAGCUGGUUUUUGCUUUAGUAACGGCUGCUCGAAAGUUACGCAUGUACUUCCAAUCUCAUCAUGUAGUAGUUUUAUCCAACCUACCUUUGAAGCAUAUAUUUUCAAGUCCCGAAGCGUCGGGAAGAAUGGUCAAGUGGGCUGUCGAAUUAAUCCAAUGUGGAUUGGAGUAUAACCCUCGUCCAGCGAUAAAAGCUCAAGUGUUGGCAGAUUUCCUCGUUGAGAUGGCAGGAUUUGAAGAAAGCAUUUCGACUCCAACUUGGCUAGCUUAUGUGGAUGGCUCUUCUACCAUCGGUGGAAGUGGAAUUGGCAUAGUGUUGGAGAGUCCACAAGGAGAUAAAAUUGAUUAUGCAAUCAAGCUCGAUUUCCAGACUUCAAAUAACGAGGCGGAAUACGAAGCUUUUAUAACAUGGAUCCGUUUAUCCCUAGCUGCUGGAGCUCGGAAGCUUGUUAUACAUAGUGAUUCGCAACUUGUAGUGAAACAAGUCUCGGGAGAUUAUGAUGCAAAAGAAAAAAGAAGAUUCGGUGUACCACGUGCAUUAAUAUCAGAUAAUGGAACGCAAUUCGCCGGUUCAAAGUUGGAAAACUGGUGUGAAGGCUUGCACAUCAAGCAUUUUUUUACCUUAGUAUACAGUCCACAUGCUAAUGAACAAACUGAGGUGACCAAUCGUACUAUACUGCAACAUUUGAAGACUCGACUUGGAAAUGCAAAAGGGAGGUGCGUAGAAGAACUUCAUAAUGUGCUUUGGGCAUACCGUACCACUCCCAGAUCUGCAACUGGUGAAUCACCUUUUUCUUUAGCGUAUGGAACUGAGGCAUUCCCCCCAGUCGAGAUUGGAGAGCCUUCUUGGGGAGCAAGAUACUAUGAAGUGCAGAAUAACGAGGUGGCUAUGCGAAUCAAUUUAGACCUUCUUGGUGAAUUAAUGGAGGGUGCAACAGCUCGAAUUCAGAAGUAUAAGAUUCGCAUGGCUCGUGCAUACAACGCCAAGGUACGAUCACGUACUUUUUAG